UUGUUUUCAUUUGGUCAUACGCCGCGAAACUCUCCCAUAGAACGUACGCGUCGCGCAACCGCGAAACUGGAAAGCAUUUUGCUCUUUUCUCAAAAAAGAAAUUUAGAAAUGUAUUCCAUUGCUGAAGCAACUCUAGCCUUCAUCGUACUUUACCUUUUCUCAUUUCUUUUCGAAGUCGUUACAGGGAUGAUAGUAUAAAAGUUAUUAUUUUUAUACCUUCUUAGAUGUAAUGAUUUAAUUAAGUAAAAAUGUGAUAUUACUUUAAUUUUUUUUUGUUUAGUUUGGUAAUAAUAAGUUAGUCACUAUAAUCAAUGCAAUAAGAUAAGGUUAAUUUAUUAUUUUCGUGAAAAUAUACCAUAACGAACUAGAAUUUGGAGCCGCACAAGCAGAAAUUUUCAAUUAAUUAGGUUACAGGACCCAUAUGCGUACGAAAAGAAAAUACAAAUGAUUUAUACUUGUAAUUAAACUCACACACAAAAUAAAAUCAAAUCUGAAAUUUUAACUUAAGCGGUAUAGCUAGUUCGCGUGUGUUGAAGAAAAAAAUAACAAGUGUCACUUGUCACAUUCAAAGUCAUUGUCAAUUAAUUGUUAGAUAAACAGCUGAUCUAGCAUUGUGUUGUGAUCGGCAGAUGUGAUGAAAAAUUCGAAAUAAACUUAAAAUGAGAUUAAUUAUAGCAUAUCGUUCAAUAAAUUAUAGAUGUAAACAUUUUGUAUAUAAAAGAAAUCUUAAUACAGUCGCCAACAAGAAAUGGGAGAGUGUUGUUGGAUUAGAAGUUCAUGCACAGUUGAAUACUAAUUCCAAGUUAUUUUCUGGUGCCGAGAACACUUUUGGCGGUGUAGUGAAUAACUUUGUGGCUUUGUUUGAUGCGGCUAUACCUGGAACUUUGCCGGUGUUAAAUAGAAGAUGUGUGGAGUUGGGCAUUAUAACUGCAUUAGCUCUUUCGUGUAAAGUGAACGAAGUUUCGAGUUUUGAUAGGAAACAUUACUUUUAUGCUGAUCUUCCGGCUGGAUAUCAGAUUACACAACAGAGAGCACCUUUAGCGAGUGAUGGCGUUAUUAAUUUUGAGGUGUUCACCCCUGGAAUACAUAAGAAACCAUACAAGAAAAGUUCGAAGAUCAAGCAAAUUCAACUAGAACAGGACAGUGGGAAAUCACUCCACGAUGCAGAGCUGAAGAGAAGUCUAGUGGACCUCAACCGUGCAGGGGCACCGCUUAUCGAACUUGUGUUCGAACCUGACUUGGAGGAUGGGGAAGAGGCGGCAGCUCUGGUCAAAGAGUUGGUGCUCAUCGUACAACGGCUGGGCGCGUGCUCAGGGCGCAUGGAGGAGGGCGCGCUGCGGGUCGACGCGAACGUGUCGCUCCGUCGCCCCGGCUCUCCGCUCUCCACUCGCACAGAGAUAAAAAACAUCGGAUCUGUUCGCGGCGUGGCGGGUGCUAUUAAGCAUGAGAUCGAGCGACAACGCGGCGUUCUGGAGAGUGGAGGGCGCGUGGUCAAUCAGACCCGCGCUUGGGACGCCGCUAACAGGGUCACUGUCGCUAUGCGGGACAAAGAGGUGGUGCAGGACUACAGAUAUAUGCCAGAACCAAAUCUUCCGCCGUUACGGGUGAAUCUGUCCUCAAGAGAGGAUUAUCGUGACGUCAUUAGUGUCCCUCUCCUUCGAGACAAAAUCCCCGAGCUCCCAGAAGAUUCUCGAAGGAACCUCAUCCAGCAAUUCCAGCUUCGACCUGAAGCAGCCAUUCAACUUGUCAAUGAACCUAUACUCUUAGACUAUUUCCGUGAUUUAACCACAGAAAAAAGAAACCCAACGAAAAUUGCCAACUUUUUGCUCAACGAUCUCCUCACUGUUCUUAACAAGAAGAGAUUAGAUGUGGAAGACUGCCCGAUAACACACCAGCAGUUAAAAGAGUUGGUUGAUUUACUUCUCCAAAAAAUCCUUAAUCUUGAAAUUGCUCGGAAAGUUCUAGAAGAAUUAGUCGAAGCUUCGGACUCUGAUUUGUCACCUUCAAAUAUUAUAAAAGAAAAAGGCUGGUCUAUGGUAACAGAUGAAUCAGAAAUAACCAAAUUGUGUGAGCGAGUCAUUGAAGAAAAUCCCAAAUUAGUUAAACAGUAUAAGGAAGGGAAAACAAAGGUGUUUAAGGCGUUUUUGGGUAUAUUGGUAAAGAAUUCUCAGACGAAAUUGGAUAUGUCAAUAGCGUCUAAAGUUAUGGAAGAGUUGUUAAAAAAGUGAUUUAGAAUAAGCUAAAUAUAUGUUGGAACUUUU